CAUUUUUGUACGCAACCCCAGCCAAGCAAUUUACAUUCGAUGUAAUCACCCACGAAUUAUACAAAACUUCCCACAUUUCACCAAUUAUUUCCUCUCUCAAAACUCCUGAACCAUAAAAUUGUUAUUUCACUGUCUCUAUCGUUACUCAGUUUUUAAGGAGAAAAAAGAAAACUUUAUCUGUCCCAAUCAAUUCUGCAAACAACAAAAUUAACAACAUGGGCUUUGUUAUACGUAGCCAUUUAGCUGUGUUGCUUGCCGUACUGGCCAUGGCGGUGGUGAUGGCAGAAUCGUCUUCGUUCGGCAGCAUUAAAGCGUCCGGCUUCGACUUGCCUUUCUCCAAGUGCAACGGCCGGGUCGGGGACUGCAUCGAUGAAUCGGAAGAGAUGAUGCUGGAUUCAGAAUCAAACCGACGUUUGUUGGCUCAAUCUCGACGCAUUAGUUACGGUGCUCUCAACAAGAACAACGUUCCUUGCAACCAACGCGGUUCGUCCUAUUAUAACUGUGGUUCGCAUCAAGCCGUCAAUCCCUAUUCCAGGGGAUGCACUAGGAUUUCCAGAUGCACAAGAAACACCAAAUGAGAUGAAGAUAAAAUUAUUUGGUUUCGAGGAGCAUUCAAAAAGGAACAAUAAUUUAUGAGGUAUAUAUGGAUACAUAUAUAUAUAUAUAUAUAUGCAUGUCUUUUUACCAGUAAGUAAUUGUUACGUUUUUGCAAUUUUGGGUUUCUAAUGAUUGUAAAGUGGGGUAGCUAGGGGGACGCAGAGUACGGUCACAUCUGUUCAAUUUUUUGUUAUUAGUAGAGGUAUCUUAAAUUUUAAUAUAAUACUAUAUAUUGUAUAAUUUUUCGCACUCUUACAUUGAUUUUCUAGCCAUUAAUAGUUUUUUUUCCCC